AUGAAAUUGCUUUCUGAAUUUGCUUUAUUGAAUAUCGGAAAUUUAAUCUGUUGCCUUGGUUUAUCAUUAAUAGCUCCAUUUUAUCCUACUUAUGCUGAAAAAUUUUAGGUAACAGGAUCAUUAUUAGGACUCAUUUUUGCAAUUAAUCCAAUUGGAGGUAUAUUAUCUUCAUUAAUUGUUGGAAAAAUUCUAAAUAAUGUAAAUAUUACUUAACUAUACAAAGAACAAUCAAACUAAUCUUUUAUCAUUAGGUAUGCUUAUACAAUCGAUAGGAAUGUUUUGUUAUCCAUUAUUAACUCUCACUUCAAAUAGAACAUUAUUUAUUAUCAUUUCAUUAUUGGGAAGAUUUAUUAGUGGAUUUGUAAAUUAUUAUUUUUAACUAUAUAGGGAACUUAAACUUUUUUGACACCACUUUAUGCAGCAAUACCAUAAAAAUAUCCAAAUUCAGUUGAUUAAAAAAUGGCUAUUGCUGAAUUUUUUUCUUCUUUUGGAUUUCUUUGUGGACCAGUAAUUGGUUCAAUUUUAUACACAUUAGGUGGAUUUUCAUUUCCAUUUAUACUUUUUGCUUGCUGUUCUGCAAUCAUAGCCAUAAUUUUAAAAUUAAACAUUGGUAAAAUUCAAAAGAAUACAAUUGUUGUUUCUCAAACUGAAUCAAUUUUAAAAGAAGAAGAAUACAACAUAAAUUAUGUACCUGAGUCUAUAUUUGAAAACGAUUAAAUUGAAACUUCUAUUGGUUAUACUAGUAUAAUUAAAUUAUUCCCAGUAGUUUCAUCAUUAUUAGUAAUGUUGGCUUUAUGUAUUACUUUUACAUUUUACUCUCCAAUAUAUUCUCUCUAUUUUGAAGAAUAAUUUAAUGUUACACCAGAAAAUUUAGGAUAUUAUAUAUCAGCAGCACCAUUAGCAUAUAGUAUUGGAGCAUUGAUAAUAUCUAAAAUGUCAUUUAAUAAAAAAAGAGCUAUAUUUUUUGGAAUAAUGUUAGUCACAAUUUCAUAGUUUUUUAUGGGUCCAGAUCCUAUUUUUCAUAUUGAUCCAAGAAUUUAUAUCACAGUUAGCGCUUAAUUUAAUUUUGGAUUGUUUUCAGCUCCUCCUUAUAUAUUAAUUUUACCAUAUAUUACUGAAAAAUUGGAAUAGAAAUUUUAAAAACCAGAUCAUUAAAAAUGUAUAUCAUUAGCAUCAGGAUUGUUUAAUGCUGUUAUAUCAACUGGAGAAUGCUUAGGUCCUAUAUUCUCAGGAAUGAUGGCUGAAUUCUUUUCAUUUCAAAGAUCAUGCAGUUUGUUAGGCUUAUAUUUAGUUGCUACAACUUUACUUUUUGUUCCAAAUUUACUAGAAUAAAAGAAAGAAACUUAAUAAGAUAAAUAAAAAUAUUGCUCAUAAUAUUUAUGA